UGUUAUCAUCCUUUCUCUUCUUUUCGUCUCUCUUGAAUAUAAGCUGAAGUUCGAGGGCUUUACCUGGUUGGGUGACUAUAGGAGAUUGAUGUUGAUUUUGUUCUGUUUAGUUUCACCGGUGCUACUAUCUGAAUGAUAUUGAACAUUGCUCGCAGAAUGUCCACUGUCGAUAUAGCUGCUUUACGAAUAAAAUAUAAGGAAAAGAAGGACAUUUUCCAUGAAUCCAGCAUCCAGGUGAAGGAACCAUUUAGUCUAUUUCGAAAAUGGUUCGACGAGGCAUGCAAUACAUCGGAGAUCAUUGAGCCAAAUGCAAUGUGCCUGGCAACAGCAACAAAGGAUGCUAUUCCGUCAGCACGGUUUGUGUUGUUAAAAGACAUCACCGACCAGGGUUUCACCUUUUUUACCAACUACGGAAGUCGCAAAGCAGCUGAAAUUGCUGAAAACCCCAACGUGGCCCUCACGUUCUACUGGUUGCCCCUGAGACGAUCUGUUCGCAUCGAAGGUUCGGCGGAGAAAAUAUCCCGCGAAGAGUCGGAAGCCUACUUUCAUCAGCGUCCCCGUGCCAGUCAAAUCGGUGCCUUGGCGAGUCCCCAGAGCCAAGCGAUUCCGAGCCGCGAGUAUCUGGACCAAAAGGAGCAAGCCAUCAAGGAUGAGUUGGGACCGGAAGGAGUGGUUCCCCUGCCCAACUGGGGUGGAUACUUGGUGCGGCCGAGCACGAUAGAGUUUUGGCAGGGACAGACCAACAGGUUGCAUGACCGUAUUCGAUUCCGGCAGAAGUUGAAGGGUGGCGAAACGGUUGACGGAGAAGUGUUGCAUCAGGGAGAAAGUGGUUGGUUUUAUGAUAGAUUGGCUCCGUGAGACGGAGUAUUGAUGUGCUAUUGCUGCAUUUAAUGCACUUGUUGAUUCAACACUUAUAAUGUUGUUGUUUAUAAUGAAUACACUGUUGAAACUCUAUUUGAA